AUGAAGUUGCUCCUCUGCAUUGCCGCCGUUUUAUGCUCUGCCGCCCUCUCUUCCGCCAGAAUCCCCGGCGUGUACUCCGGCGGUCCUUGGGAAACAGCGCACGCCACAUUCUACGGCGGCAGCGAUGCCUCCGGCACCAUGGGCGGUGCUUGUGGAUACGGUAAUUUGUACAGCCAAGGCUACGGCGUGAGCACGGCGGCGCUCAGCACCGCGCUGUUCAACAACGGCCUGAGCUGCGGCGCCUGCUUCGAGAUCAAGUGCGACGCGGCGCAGGACUCCAAGUGGUGCAACCCGGGCAACCCUUCCAUCCUCGUCACCGCUACCAAUUUCUGUCCUCCCAACUACGCCCUGCCCAACGACGACGGCGGCUGGUGUAACCCUCCCCGGCCGCACUUCGACCUCGCCAUGCCUAUGUUCCUUAAAAUCGCGGAGUACCGCGCCGGCAUUGUCCCCGUCAACUUCCGCCGGGUUGCGUGCAGGAAGCAAGGGGGGAUCCGUUUCACGAUCAACGGAUUCCGUUACUUCAAUUUAGUUCUGGUGACCAACGUGGCAGGCGCAGGGGACAUCACCCGCGUCAGCAUCAAAGGUACAAAUACGCAGUGGCUGGCAAUGAGCCGCAACUGGGGGCAAAACUGGCAAUCCAACGCCGUUCUCGUAGGCCAAUCACUGUCCUUUAGAGUCACCGCCAGUGACCGUCGCACUUCUACCUCCGUCAACGUGGCGCCUCCCAAUUGGCAGUUCGGGCAGACCUUCAUGGGCAAGAAUUUCAGGGUCUAGACUCUCUUUCACUACCCUUGGGCUUGGCUCUGAUGAAUUUGUGUGUAUUGUUUUCCCCUUUUUCCUGGGAAAGAAAAAUUGUUGGAUUUUAGAAAAAAAAAUGAUUCGUCGUCAUAUCGCUAGGGACUGUCCAAAAUGUGUUUGUGGUGCUAUUUUAGGAAGUAAAUUAGAAGAACAAACAAAGUUUGUGUAGGCUGCAGAGGCUGCAGGAGAAAUGGAAAAUACAUGUAGCCCGCAGCUUCAAUUUUAUAUAUUAACAUGAAGUAAUGUGUGUGUA